AUGUAUGCCCCAGCACUAUACGUUGCAAUAGGGUUGCUAAUUCUACUAUUCCCACUUUCAAUACAAAUCAGAUCCAAAUCUAUACUACAUAAUCGACUAAAAAAAGCAAUCAGUUUAUGCUUUCUUGUAUCUGCAUUGAUUGCGAUUGCGCCAGAAACUGCUCAGAUUGGAGCUCCUUUCCAUAAAUACGGACAAUCCAAAAUUGCAUUUUAUGGAUGUAACUAUCAAAUACAAUUAACGAGAGCAAAAUUCUGCAAUGAAAAUAGAUCGUUUGAAUGGUGUUAUUGUAAUAAUUUUAAUGCCUUUUCUACAAUUGCUCACUGCUACAAAACAGGUCAUGAGAGCCAAGUAGAUUCCUUAUUGACAAUGUGUCAACAAUACAAUAAAACGAUUGGUUUAGACAUUUAUCGGAAAGCUACUCUUUACUAUGACACUCAUGCAAGAUCAAUCGAAAAUACUGCAAACACUUCCCUGUUGAUAACCUUCCCCGUUAAACUCAACGAAACCGAAACGCAUAUAUUUGAGCGUGCUUAUCAGAACUUCUUGGGGAAUUUUGAUUUGUCGGUGAAUUAUGGGGCGUAUUUGGUACUAUAUUGGGUUGCUGUCUUUUUUCUUGCAGCUUUAGGUAAUUGGUCCAAAAUCUUGUUCCCCGGAUUACAAAAGAGAUUGACAGAUCCCUUGACUAACUGGUUUAGAAAAAGGAUUUCAUUACCUGCAACGGGGAAAAAAAACAAAGCCAAUCAUCACUCAUUCUGCAACUGUUUGGAUAUGUUGGUUCCUACACGAGCAGAAACCUUAAUUAUCCUAACAUCAGGUGUUCUUUGUGGUUAUUUUUUUACAGCAAACAUACUGUAUGUUGAAGGAGAUCCGUUAUUCCAUACUAAGACGCUAGCAUUAUUGCGCUACUACGCCGUUCGUGCAAGUAUACUUGCAAGUUCCAUGAUGCCUCUACUUUUACUUUUCGGAGGUAGGAACAAUUUUUUACAGUGGUUGACUAGAUGGGACUAUUCAACAUUUAUUGCCUUGCAUCGGUGGGUGUCGAGACUUGUAGUGGUGUUGAUACUCAUCCAUUCUGCAAACUACUCAUUUUACUUGCGGUUGAACAAACUGAUAGUACACAGCUGUUUUUGGCAAUCACACCCAUUUACAUACAUUUCUACUGAAAACGAACUUGUAAUGUUUAUUAAAGUUAAGAAAGGCGUCACUUUGGCUUUGGCAGAAUAUUUGAAAACACACAAAGAUAGAUAUACACAAAUAAGAGUAGCAGUUGAAGGAAGCUAUGGAGAGACAACACCAGCAGGCAAAUAUGAUAGUGCUGUAUUUAUUGCUGGAGGCAGCGGUCUGGCUGGUAUAUACUCCGAGGCAUUAGAUUUGACGAAAACGGAGUCUCAACGCAAGGUCAAAUUUAUAUGGAUUAUAAGGGAGUACAAGUCGCUUUUUUGGUUUUAUAAGGAGUUGAUAGCAUUGAAAGAUACCAAGAUUGAGAGUACUGUGUAUAUCACGCGACCUAGCAUUCCUAUAGAGCGAGAAGAUUUUGAGCUGCGAAUGGGAGUACUGGAAUUUUUGGAUGAAUGUAACGAGUUGACUCCAGCGGCAAAACAAACACAGAAAUACAUCAAAAGCAAUAGCCAAUUUUGUCAAGAUGAAUUUUUGGAUGAAUGCAACGAGUUGACUCCAUUAAUUACAGCGGCAAAACAAACACAGAAAUACAUCAAAAGCAAUAGCCUAUUUUGUGAUGAUUUUUUGGAGAAAAUAAAGUCUGAACUACGGCACGUUACAUUUAUAGAGGGCAAACCUGACAUUGAAAAGUUGGUACAAACUAACAUUGAAGAGUCAAAAGGCUCUACAAGUUUCGUUACAUGUGGACACCCCGCCAUGGUUGAUGAUAUUAGAGCAUCAGUUGUCAAUAAUAUUGCCAAUGAUGGAAAAAAGAGAGUCGAUUAUUUCGAACAAUUACAGGUUUGGGCAUAG